AUGAGCGAGAUGCUGGCUCUUGAAGCCGCUUCACCAUUCGAAAGUAUGCUAACAGUGAUCCCACCACCUCCUCCAGAUGAUGAAAUAGAUCAAUUUCAACCAGCUCUAUCUCCUGAUGAGAUUCCAUCUGAUACGAACAUACCCAAGGCACCUGAGACGAAAACAUUAGUGGAUUUGGCUCACGAAGUCGCCACUUGGACAUUACAUUCUGACCAUGACCUCCACUCAUAUCUUAAGCGAUACUCAGCUGACUUAUUCACACGUACAAAGAACUUGGAAGAUAGCGUACGGGACAUUGCAGCCGAGGCAGAUUCAGCCCACGUUCGACUGAAGAAUACAUUUAACGAAUUUCUUAUGUUGUCAAACAAUCAAUUUAUAGAAAAUCGAGUCUACGAUGAAGAACAAGAAGAUUUUUUCAGUGUGGAAGAUGGACAAUCGAAUACGGACAAGCAAGAGAUCGACAAAGAGAAAGAAGAACAGGCGGGUGAGUCAGCGACUGUUUUAGAGACAAAAGAGAAUGGUGCUAAGUCAGCUGCCGAGUCGAUUGUAACCAAGUAUAGGUCAGCUUUAGAUAUGGGAAUGGAAGCCAUGAAACUUUUUGUCAUGAUUGACGAUGAGGAUGAUAAGAGUGAGACUUCGUCUCAGUUUGACACGGUUCUAGACAUUUAUAAUGAACGUCCACUACCAUUUAUUAUUGGGACAAGAGAAUUCUUAGAAGACGAGACACUAGGACUUGGUGCUGCACCAGAAGAUUAUUCCGACAGUGAUAGCGACUCAAGUUAUGUAUCAUCCUAUAGUAGUUCCAACUCGGGUUCCGAUUCGGAAAACGAGUCGGAAAAUUCAGGUGGAAAAAGCCGCUCGGCAUCGCGCAAUCGUUCCAGUUCUAACGAAUCGGAACAUUCUUUUACUACAGCACAACCGCGACGACGUGCGAGUUCCGACGAGAGCGACACGAGCGGAUUGUUUGGACGUACACCAUCGACUAGAACUUCUCGACGACGAGUCGACUCGGAUGAAAGUUCGACAAGUGGUCUAUUCGGUCGCCCGUCGGUUUCGGAAUCGGCUAUUACGCCGGCUUCACGACAACGUCCAGAGUUUAAUGAAGACGAAAGUGACGAUAGUGACUGGACAAGUGAUAGUGAUGAUGACAAGAAAAUGUCAAAGCGCAAACAAAGUUCCGCUAAUCGAGAGGCUCCACCACCGUUUGCUGCUUCUACACCAGCAAGAAAGAAAUAUCUUGAAAGCUCCGACGAAGAGAGUGACGCAGGAUUAUUUGGCUCAGCUCCGUCCACAAAAUCGCGCGUUUUUGCCACCGAUAUGGUCGACCGUCCUCCCCACUCAGGUGGCGACCAAAUGGCUGACAGUCGACGCAGUAGCAAACUUCCAUCGACACGUCGAUCAAACUCGUUUAAUUCUUCAUCGUCAGAUGAUAGUGAAUUAUUUGGAAAAAGUAAAGAAGCAAGCAAAACAGAUACACACGCAGCACCACAAGGUUUUCGCUUGCCGUCUAUGGGCGAUACGAAGACUCGACAGUCGAAUAUACUAAAGUCGAACAAUUAUAGCUCAAGCGACAGCGAUGUCGAGUCCACGACGAGCGGUCUCUUCGGACGACCAGCUAGCGCAUCAAAAACGACAAGGAAGCCGUCUGGUGAAUCCGAGUUGCCGCCUGCUCAACGAUCUCGACGUCUUGACUUCUCUGAUGAUAGCAGUGAUGAUGAGACGGUUGGAUUAUUCCAAUCUACUCCAUCAAAAGCGACAACUCCAAAGGCGAUGCACACAACUGUCGUGCCACCUCAACGCCCAACAUAUUCUGACAGUAGCAGCGACGACGAAGAUGAGGGUCUGUUUGGAGCCAAGCCAAAAAGUUCCGCCACUACGUUACCUCAACCAGUGUCAUCAUCUCGCUCUCAGCCGGUGCAGCGUGCCUCUCAAAGCGGACUUUUUACUGAAGAUGAUAGUGAUGAGAGUGGCAGUGUCACCAGUACACCCGCUUCUACACCUGCUACGAUGCCUUAUAAUCAAACAUCAAGACCCCCACCUUUAGUUAAACAUGACAGCAGUGACAGCGACAGUGAUAGUGAUAGUGACGGCGGGUUAUUUGGGCAGUCAAAACCGGCUAGAUCUGCUCCUGAUCCCAUUCCAAAAGCGUCGAUGACUGCCACUUCUGCACUGACACGGCAAUCUCGUGCGGAAAGUGAUUCCAGUGAUUCAGACGAAAGCGAUUUAUUUGGUGCCUCAGCUGUGCGAACAACGCCAGCUCCAAUCUCGACCCCCACAAUAACUACAUCGCCAGCACCUGCAAAACUGAUGACUUCUCGAAGAAGUCUAUCAGAUGAAGACAGCGAUGACUGGAGCGAUGAUGAUGGUGGGCUCUUUGGUGUUGCGGCAUCGAAGUCGACUACAGCAAAGCCAGCUACAGUACGAAGUACAUCGACGCCACCUCAGCCAGAAAAUACGUCUACAUCUGUUGUGCACCCUCCAAUUUCUAGCACUGCAACACGAAUGCAAAUUGCAGACUCGGACUCAGAUUCAGAUUCGGAUUCUGAUUGGGAUGGUGAUGGGGGACUAUUUGGGCCUUCGAAGACGAAGUAA